AUGGGUGGUUCCUGCCGGGCAGCUCCCGCGCUGCUGGGUGUUAACAACAGUGAUCUACCCAGUGCUCGGCACUGCUGCUCCCGCACCGGAGGGCACUGGCUGGAAGAUCAUGAUGACAUCAUGACACUCUGGACACGUCAGAGUGAGACUCUGAAAGAAACCUAUAGUGAAUAUUUCAUUGCUGAUCUCAUAGAAUGUCAAGAUGAAGAAAAUCAGGCUGCUGUUGGUGAGGCUGCUGACACUGCGGUAGGAUUCAUGAGCUUGUGUUCUCAAGUGAAUGUUUCCUUGUUGCAAGAGUGUUUUGACUUGGGGCCUUUCCAUGGACUUUGUAAACCACAUCCUGAAGAUAUUCUCAAAAUGCCACAGGAGCCAAGCCUUCAAGAAGGUGAAGAUAAAAGCAACCAAACAAGUCAAGAGACAGAGACUGUUCCAUCUCCAAACUUUGAACAUGUUCCGGAUGAGGAUGCAGCUGUGCAGAGCAGCGGAGCCGUUACCGUCCCCCAAGCUGAGCUGCUCUCAGGUGAUGUCAAGGAUUUCAAAGCCUCAGCAACACUCCUUGAGGCUGAAGAAAAAGGUGCUUUUCACCCCGUGUACAGAGGAGCUUCCAAUGCUUUCUGUAUCCGCCUGUUUUGGAUCGAUGAGAAGUAUGAAAGCAGAUCACUGGAUUUCCUGAAUUAUGUUUUCAGGCUUUUCCCAGACAAAGACUUCUGUGUCAUCCUCGUACCACAUCAUGAACCAGAGUUCCACCUGAUCCAGAGUUUUGUCCGGGCUGUCCCUUUCUGCACUUCCAGAUUUGGCCAGGAGCUUUAUGUGUUCCACCGUGCGGGGCUGCUCACGUCAUUUAAUGUAAGAAGGGCAACAAGCAAUGACCUACUUGGUGUCCAGAUGCUCACUGAAACCCUUAGCUUGAAUAAAAGGAUACUGAAUGACUUCAGGACAUUUACUCUGGUUCGCAGGGAUCCCGAUGGGAACCCAGUGAAGGCUUUUGUAGCAGAAGUUCUGGAUCAAAUAGUUGGCAUUUCUGUCAUUAGAGAUGAAAUGCAUAUUGAGUACAUUCGAUCCCAUUACAACAUUGAAGCCUUUAUUCAUUUCAAUCUCCACCAGCAAGAGGAACAUGGACAUCUUUGCCACUUUGUCUUAAAUCCCAUAUUUCAUCACUAUACAAAACACUUUCUAAAGGAGAUGCUUCGCUUGGCCCACAAAUCUUCUCUUUACUAUCCUAUUUAUCCACAGUAUGUGGAAGGCAAGAUCGCUGCCUUUCAGUUUCAGACUCCCUGUGCCCAUUCCCUGACAUCUGCCCUUCAUUACAUGGCUCCCGUGCGACCAAGACGACAGAUUGUCUAUCCUCUGGAAGAGCUUGGCAUAAACGCUCCAUCAGAGCAGGUCUCCAAGGAUCAGCUGAGCUAUUCUUUGAACCACACAAAUCGAAAGCUGGUGCUGGAAUCCAAAGUGUCUGUCAACACCAGAAUUGUGGUGGUUGGUGCAUCCGAUGUUGGAAUCUCUUUUCUGGAAACGCUCGUUUUUUGUCUCCCACUGUGGCUCACUGCCUUGCUGCUGGAGUUUCUGGAAACAGGUUGUCACAGAGGUCAGAGCACUGGUGCACCCAAAUUGGUGCCCGUUGUUUCAGAGGGCAAUGUGGAACUGCUGCAGAUGAGUGUAUGGAAUGACCUGCUAGCAGGAACGCUUCUUCCUGAUGCUCAGGGUGCUCUGAGCCCUGGAGAAUUGAAUCAGUUGUGCUUCAUCUAG